UACACAAAGCCAGAUCGGAAGGUGCAUACACAAAGCCAGAUCGGACGGUGAAGGUUUCAGACUAAAGCAAUAAUUUGUUUAUGACGUCAGAGCUACAUAACAAGGUCAUGACUUCAGAGUUUCCCUAUACUGAUAUCUACAGAUUUGAUACUGAGUCCAUUAUAAAGAAAGAGCCACUUGGGAUUUCUGACUGUGUGGAGGAGGAAGAAAACCAACAACUUGUAAUAGUGAAGAAGGAAAAGGGGAAGUUUGAAUCCAAUCAGAGAAAUACUGAAAAUUUGAAGAGCUGCUGUUCAGAAGAAAAUGAGACAAGAGAUGAAGAAAAACAAAUCAAUGCAAGUAAGGAAAGGGGGCAGUUUGAAUCCGAUCAGAGAAAUACUGAAAAUUUGAAGAACUGCUGUUCAGAAGAAAAUGUUGAAGGAGAUAUCUCUACAAGUGUAAGUACUAAGCCUGGUUUAUUUAACAGUAGGGGAGAUUCAACAAAUCAAUCACAGAGACAUACUGGGGCACAAAGCAGGGAUAAAAUUUUAAAGUGUGAAUUGUGUGGGAAGGCAUUCUCUGUAUCUCUUUCUCUGACACAAAAUGGUAAAGAACCUGAUAUUUGUGACGAUUGUGAAAAGACAUUCAACCAAUCAGGCACCUUUCAAAAAAAUAAGAGGGCACAUACUGGUAAUAUAAGCUAUAAAUGUGAUGUGUGUGAAAAACGCUUCAAACGAUUUUAUCCCUUGAAGAUACAUAUAAGGAUACAUACAGGUUAUAACCCUUAUAAUUGUGGUUUGUGUGGGAAGAAUUUCAUGGAAUUAGCAGUUUUAAAGAAACACAUGAACACACAUACAGGUGAUAAACCGUAUAAAUGUGGUAUUUGUGAAAAGGCAUUCAUAGAAUUAGCAGUUUUAAAGAAACACAUGCGGACACAUAUGGGAAAUAAACCUAAUAAAUGUGAUGAUUGUGGGAAGGCAUUCACACAGUCAGGUUCCUUGAAGAGGCACAGGAGGACACACACAGGUGAUAAACCUUAUAAAUGUGAUAUAUGUGGAAAGGAAUUCAGUCAGUCAGGUGACUUACAGAAACACAUGAGGAUACAUACAGGUGAUAAACCAUUCAAAUGUGAUGUAUGUCAGAAGACAUUCACCCAUUCACAAUGCUUACUGAGUCACAUGAAGACACAUACAGGUGAUAAACCGUAUAAAUGUGAUGUGUGUGGGAAGGCGUUUACACAGUCAGGUUCUUUGAAGAGACACAUGAGGACACAUACAGGUGAUAAACCUCAUAAAUGUGAUGUAUGUGGAAAGACAUUCAAUCAGUCAGGUGACUUAAAGAGUCACAUGAGGAUACAUACUGGUGAUAAACCUUAUAAAUGUGAUGUUUGUGGAAAGGCAUUCAGUCGGUCACCUGACUUAAAGAGACACAUGAGGAUACAUACUGGUGAUAAAUCUUUCAAAUGUGAUGUAAGUCCAAAGGUUUUCACCCAAGGGGUUAUAAUGACUGGCCGGAGGUGUGAAAAACAGCCUACCCAUGAGAAGUCAGAGAAGGAAAGGGGGCAGUUUGAAUCCAGUCAGAGAAAUACAGAAAAUUUGAAGAGCUGCUGUUCAGAAGAAAAUGAGACGGGGAAUGUAGAUAGACAUAUCUCUACACGUGUAAGUACUAAGCCUGGUUUAUUUAACAGUAGGGAAGACUCAACAUAUCAAUCACAGAGACAUACUGGGGCACAAAGCAGUGAUAAAAUUUUAAAAUGUGAAUUGUGUGGGAACGAAUUCUGUGUAUCUCUUUCUCUGACACAAACUGGUGAAGAACCUGUUAUCUGUGAUGAUUGUGAAAAGACAUUCAACCAAUCAGGUGCCUUACACAAAACUAAGAGGACACAUACCUUGAAUACACACAAAUGUGAUUUGUGUGAAAAACACUUCAAACGACUUUAUACCUUGAAGACACAUAUAAGGAUACAUACAGGUUAUAAACCUUAUAAAUGUAGUUUGUGCGGGGAAAAUUUCAUUGAAUCUAUGGUUUUAAAGAAACACAUUAAGACACAUACAGGUAAUAAACCUUAUAAAUGUGGUGUUUGUGAAAAAAGUUUUAUGGAAUUUACAGUUUUAAAGAGACACAUGCGGACACAUACAGGAAAUAAACCUCAUAAAUGUGACGUUUGUGGAAAAUCUUUUUCUCAAUCAAACAACUUAAAGGCCCACAUUAUGAUACAUACAGGUGAUAAACCUUAUAAAUGUGAUGUGUGUGGAAAGGCAUUCAGUCGGUCAGCUGACUUACAGAGACACAUGAGGACACAUACAGGUGACAAACCUUUUAAGUGUGAAGUAUGUGAGAAGGCAUUCAGCCAGUCAUCAAAUUUACAGAUUCACAUGAGGACACACACAGGAGAUAAACCUUACAAAUGUGAAGUUUGUGAGAAGGCAUUUAAUCGAGUUGAUCAUUUACAGGAACACAUGAGGAAACAUUCGGGUGAUAAAUUAUAUAAGUGCGAUCCAUGUGGAAAGGCUUUCAACUUGGCAGGAAAACUACAGGUACACAUGAGGACACAUACUUGUGAAAAAUCUUACAAAUGUGACAAGUGUCGGAAGGCAUUCAGGUGCUCGGAGGACUUACAGAAACACAUGAAGAGACAUACAGGUGAUAAACCUUAUGCAAGUGUAAGUUCUAAGCCUGGUUUAUUUAACAGUAAGAAAGAUUUCCCUCACACAGAUCAAUUACAAAGGCAAACUGGGUCACAGAACGGGGAUAAAAUUUCGAAAUGUGAAUUUUGUGGGAAGGCUUUCUCUGUAUCUCUGUGUCUGACAAAAACUGGUGAAGAACCUGAUAUCUGUGAUGAUUGUGAAAAGACAUUCAACCAAUCAGGCACCUUGCACAAUAAUAAAAGGACACAUACUGGUAAUAAACGCUAUAAAUGUGAUGUGUGUGAAAAACCCUUCGAACGAUUUUAUACUUUGAAGAUACAUAUAAGGAUACACACAGGUUAUGAACCUUACAAAUGUGGUGUGUGUGGAAAAACUUUUAUGGUAUUUACAGUUUUAAAGAGGCACAUGAAUACACAUACGGGAAAUAAGCCUCAUCAAUGCGAUAUCUGUGGAAAGUCAUUUUCUGAAUCAAACAACUUAAAGGCCCAUCUUAUGACACAUACAGGUGAUAAACCUUAUAAAUGUGAUGUAUGUGGAAAGGCUUUCAGUCGGUCACCUGACUUAAAGCGACACAAGAGGAUACAUACUGGUGAUAAACCUUUCAAAUGUGAUGUAUGUCAGAAGGCAUUCACACAGACACAACAUUUACAGAGUCACAUGAGGACACAUACUGGUGAUAAGCCUUUCAAAUGUGAUGUGUGUGAGAAGGCAUUCACCCAGUCACAAUGCUUGCAGAGUCACAUGAGGACUCAUACAGGUGAUAAACCUUUUAAAUGUGAUAUAUGUCAGAAGGCAUUUAUCCAGUCACCAAACUUACAGAUUCAUAUGAGAACACAUACUGGUGAUAAGCCUUUCAAAUGUGAUGUAUGUCAGAAGUCAUUCACCCAGAUACAACACUUACAGAAUCACAUGAGGACACAUACUGGGGAUAAACCUUUCAAAUGUGAUGUAUGUCAGAAGGCAUUCAGCCAGUCACACUACUUACAGAAACACAUGAGGACACAUACUGGUGAGAAACCUUUCAAAUGUGAUGUGUGUGGGAAGGCAUUCACCCAGAAACAAUACUUAAAGAGCCACAUGAAGACACAUACUGGUAAAAGGCCCUAUGUUAAGCCUGUGAAAAGGCGUUUCUCCGAUUAGACAAUUUACAAGAACACAAGUUUGAGGAGAACACAUACUGGUGAUAACUUUAUAAACCUCAUUAAUGUGAUCUAUGUGGAAAGGCAGUGAACUGGGCAGGACAUAAAAACACAAACUGGUUAAAAACCUUAUGAAUGUGAAGUGUUGGAAGGCAUUCAAGAGGUCCAAGGCCUUAUAUGUACAGAAUUACAUGGGGAGACAUAUAGGUCAUAAACCUUAUAUUAAAAUGGGAUGUUAACAUUAUUUAUAUUUGAAAGGACCAUAUAACAGUUGAUACAGUUGAAAACCUUACAAAUGUGAUGUGUGUGGAUAUGCAUUCAGUGGAUCAUAUAGAUAAAAGAAAUACAUGAAGACACAUGCAGGUGAUAUCAUAUACACAUUAUAUAGUGUAGAAAAUAUAAAGGAUGGAAUAAAUUAUUUCAGAACGACAUUGAAAUACGCAACAGUGAUACGUAUGUCAAUUUAAAGUUUCCCGAAAUCAGGUUCAUCAGACAAUAUAUUGACAGAGAAAGAUUAUGCAUAUUUUCUGUAUUUUCUGAAGUUAAAAAACCUUUGAAAAGGAAUUACCUUUGAUAUUGUAUAAAUCAAGAAAGCUUAUGUACGGUAUGUCUGCUGCCCAAUCCCUUUAUGUAUUCAUUACAUAACAAAAUGAUGUUCAAAUCAAAUCAAACGUAUAAUUAACCAAAAAUGAUGCAUGGAAAGGUAAACACCCCACAUAGUCAUAUACUCAUUUGAAAGUUAUGGGUAUAUAGUAUCUAAAAAUAGCAUUUCCCACCAAAUUACUAUAUAUAUAUAUAUAUAGUAGCACAUGCUGUAUAAGGGAAGUAACUCAAGCAUAUGAAAUAUAUAAC